GACACGCUCGCCAGUCCGCUAAUGGAGUUGUUUGGCCCCCAGAGAAUCGUGUGAAGUGGAGUAGGAACAAGAAGCACCAUUGUUUUAAUUUACAAUUGUGACAAUUCGGCCGGGGAUGCUUGAGUGCCUCCGUUUUCCCCCUCCUAAGAAAGUUCCCCGUGGAAAUUGGAGCUAUAUAAUAUGACCAAGCAAUUGUCAAGGCUUUUAGUUGAACUUGAAGCGUUUCGGCAACAUGUUCCGCAUUUUCCCGCUGCUCUGGUUGCUGCUCUUCUCGGCUGUCCGCUCCGAAAACUGCGAUCAGGAUGCGGGUACCACUCUAUAUUGUCGCGGGGAAAGGGCUUUGCGAAAUGUCCUGCGAAAUUUAAAUCGCAGUGAAAAGCCCUUGGUGGUAGUCAGGGGCCUCGAGAUAGUCCCUCUGCAAAACAACUCGCUUAUCGAAGAAGAACUGGGUCAGGACCAGGGCCUUCUGGAUAGUCUGUCCUUUUAUUUGCGCACCCACGAGAUUAAUGUAAAGCUGGUCGAUCUCCUAGAGGAUGAAGCUCAAGUUUCUGAGGCCCGCAAAAAGGACAAAGGCCAGGGCAUGUUGUUGGCGAUGGCCCUGAUGUUUGGCAAGAUGAUGGCCGUGAUGGGCUUGGGCGGAAUCGCGGCUCUGGCCAUGAAGGCGCUGGGCGUGUCCUUGGUGGCCCUGAUGAUGGCCGGGAUGCUGGGCCUGAAGACAGCCGCCCAGCACGGCGGAGAGACUAGUCACAGCAUUUCCUAUGUGACCGGCGAGGGACAUGGACAUCACCACAAGAGAAGGCGCCGGUCGACCGGUCAACAACCCUUGGCCUACAGGGGCUGGAACUGAAGGACCUACAAAGGACCUGUUGACGUGCAUUUUGUUAGUUCUUAAGCACUUAAGUAAUUUAAUAAUUUAUCCAUCAUGCAACAGAUCCAAGUUGUUUUUAUCCCGACUGCAAUCGAAUCGAGUGCAGUGCCACUCGAGACGAUGAUGCCGCUCUGGAGUCAUGUUGCUGUUGCUGUUGACGUCGUGCUGCGGCCGAGGUUGCUGCCGUUGUUGUUGCCGCUGCUGCCUUGGAUGCUGCUCUUUGGUUUAUGAAAUCGGUGAAAGUUUAUUUGAGACGAGCUCGCAUUGUGUAGCCAUCAGCAUCCGCAGCGGCAGAAGGCAACCUACACAUGGCCAUAACGGUUGUAUUUGUGCCGAUACCCUAACUCAAAGUUAUCUAUUUUUGGCGAAAAGCAGGUGUUUUCAGAAAAUGUUAAUCGUCUUCGUAAUUGGCUAUAAUAUAUUUUAGAUUAUUUGGUCUGAAUAAUUAUAAAUAACUAUUUGACAAGAAGUUUGGAGUUCUUUGAUCCAUGUGUCGUUGAAAAAAAUAAACAAAGCUAAUUAUUUUUA